AUGUUUACAGUUCAAUUUAGUUCGAUUUUAUCCACCAUGGAUUUCCAUCACAGAAGAAUCAAAGACACUUACUUCGUUGAUUUUUGGUAUAAAGCAGGGAUCGCUUUGGGAUUGUUUCCAUGGACAUUACAAAAAGGGUUCAUGAAACACCAAAUAAUCGCGCUGGCAUUUUCAUUUUUGGCUUUUUCGAUCCUCAGCGUUUAUAUCAUAAUCGACAAAGAAAACUGUGGGUAUGGAAUGGGGCUUUUGAUAUUCACGUCGCUUGAUAAUGCCGCACACGGAUUAUUCAAUUUGAUUAUUCUUUACGACCUCGUAAUGGAAAGAAAACGUUGGAGGACACUCAAAGAAUUGUUCCACUAUUUGGACAAAAACCUCAACUAUACUAAUUACGUAUCAGACACUUACAUAACAUUUUAUAUCAUCGGAAGUAUUCUACAUUUACUAUUGAACAUAUAUGCAAAUUGGCAUUUUUUUUUUAAGAAUUCUUCUUCGGUGGGUAUCGUAUCAGGAAUUAUCUGGAAUUUAUACCAAAUGCAGAAGUUUAUAACCAUUGGUUAUCUAAUCAAUGUGUCCUUGCUGUUGAAACGAAGAAUCGAGAAAUGCUGCAGAAUAUUGGAAAAUUUAGUCAAAAAUCCCUACCAGCAGAAGACAGAAGUUGCCUACAAAUUAAUGAGUUUGAAGAAUUAUAAAUACUAUGUGCUUAUCGUUUGGAAUUUGAACUCCCUAUUUGGAAGGAAAUUGCUACUCUUUCUUGUCAUGGCUUUCAUAACGAUUUUGGACGAAGUACAGUUCAUACUGGAUAUCGAUAUGAGCGAUAUUAAGAUCGCUAUUGUAUUGGAAAACUUGACAGAGUUAAUUUUAAUUAUGGUUUUGACCAUAAUCAUAGCAAUAGCAGGUGACAUCAUCGAAAAAUCCGGCGACAAAAUGAUCAAAUUAUUGAACAUACUCCAGCUGAGUAUCGAAGAUGAUUUCCUGAAACAGGAACUCAGCAAAUUUGCCGCUUUGGUCACGGAACUCCGGCCUUCUUUAUCCGUUGCAGGAUUUUUUGACGUCAACAGGAAACUAUUGCCCAUGCUACUAUCCAGUUUUACCGCUUAUAUCAUCAUUUUGAUCCAGCUGAAGUAG